AAACUCGAACACACUGCUGCGUUAACAACGCCUACUUUCCUGGGAUUACCUCCACUGUUAUGCAACUCUAAAACUCGAUCUGGACUUGGAACCAGACUGAACAAACCCUCGUUUCACCACAAAGAAGAGGAGAGGCAACAGAAGAAGGGAGCAAUGAAGGUCCUCAAAGCUUCACACAUUCUUCUGGCUCUAUCCGUACUCUUCGCCACCGAUCUUCCCUCCGCUCUGGCUGGAAAGAUCCUUGUUUUCCCGGUAGACGGAAGCCACUGGGUCAACAUGAACAUACUGAUUGGCGUCCUUCACUCCAGCGGUCACGAGGUCACCGUGGUGCGCACCGCCAGCAGCUGGUACGUCAAGGAGGAUUCCCCGCACUACACGGCCAUAACCGUGACCCUCCCGGAGCCCAUUAACAUCGAGCAGCCAGAUUUCUUCAUCUCGUUCCUGAGUGAAAUGCUCAAGAUACAGGAACGUGGAGGAUCCCCGCUUGCAUUCGUGCAGUUCAAUUGGAAGAUGCUGACGAGUCUCUACAACAUGCAUCGGCAGGCAAGUCAGCUGGUUGUGGAGAUUUUCGAAAACCCUGUGCUGAUGAAACAGCUGUACGAGGGACGUUACGACGUGGUCCUUACCGACCCGGGUCUGCCUACGGGUGUGCUGGUGGCUCAUAAACUCGGAUUACCCAUGGUGUACAAUGUGAGAUGGAUCACGAGUGGAGAAGGGCACUUUGUUGUCGCACCUUCUCCGGUUUCAUACGUCCCUGCAUCAGGGAGCCACCUAUCGAACCACAUGUCCUUUGGGGAAAGGGUCAAGAAUAUCUUCCAUUAUGUGCUGAACGUGUACAUCGACCAGUUCGUUGUCAGACCAGAGUAUGACAAACUAGUCACACGCUACUUUGGACCCGAAACUGAUUUCUACCACUUGCUGCAAGGUGCGGAUAUUUGGCUCAUGAGGUCGGAUUUCAUCUUUGAGUUCCCGCGUCCAACCAUGCCCAACGUCAUCUACAUCGGAGGCUUCCAGUGCAAACCCUCCAAACCAUUACCGUCAGACCUGGAGGAGUUUGUGAACGGUUCAGGUGAACACGGGGUGGUUGUAAUGUCACUGGGUACGCUCGUGAAAGCUCUUCCUAGUGAAAUCACGUCUAAAAUCGCUGCCGGAUUUGCUCAGCUUCCCCAGCGAGUCAUAUGGAGGCACUUAGGAGAACGUCCUCAUAAUCUGGGCAACAACACUCUUCUGGUUAAUUGGUUUCCUCAGAACAAUUUACUUGGUCACCCUAAAACACGUGCAUUUGUUGCUCACGGUGGAACGAAUGGCAUUUAUGAGUCUAUCUACCAUGGUGUUCCAGUGGUUGGGAUUCCCUUGCUUUUUGACCAGUUCGAGAAUAUGUUGCGUCUCCAGGUACGAGGGGCCGCUAAAGUGCUCGACGCUACCAAACUGGACAGCCAGAGCUUUAUGGCGGCAGUGCAGGAAGUUUUACAUCAGCCGUCAUACAGGGAAAACAUGCAGCGACUGUCUAGGCUACACAAAGACAAGCCUACACAACCUCAGGAUAGCGCCCUCUAUUGGAUAGAGUAUGUAAUGCGGCACAAGGGAGCAGCGCAUUUACGGACCGAGUCUUAUAAGAUGCCCUGGUACUCAUAUCACUCUUUAGACGUAAUGGCCUUUUUGCUAGCAGUGGUGCUGACAGUAGGGGGAGCUGUGAUUCUUACAAUACGCUAUUUGUGUUUGUGUCUGUGCAGGAGAAAGAAAUCCAAACUUGAGUGAAGCAUUAAUGAACAUAAAUAAUAUUUAAUUAACAAUAAUAACACUUUCUAUGAAGUCUGUAUUUAUAAUGCAUUGUAAGGGUAUUCCUCAGG